UUGGGAAUCAGCUGUUUUGUUUUCUGUUAAAAUUGUGUUGAGUGUGUGGGGUGGCACGGAUAAGAUAGCAUUUGGUGCGCUUCGAUUAGGCUUCCUUCAAGAGGUGGCCACCGCGUGGCAAAAACACCAGCCACGAUGGAGGGCAAGGAUUACGACCAGAUUCGCAACCUUACGCUGAUGUUUUUUAUUGAACGGCUCAUGGAUAAGGGCCAGCCGCGGACGCUGCACGAUCUAUCAUGCCAGUUCGGCACUAAGGGGUUCACUAAGGAAAUGCGACAAAUUGCCGGUGGUAGCCAAUCCGGCUUAAAGAAAUUCCUACAACAGUACCCAUCUAUAUUCACAAUCGAAGGAGACCAGGUAUCAGUAACAAACUUUAACAGUAAUAGUGCAAACGUUAAGAGAAGAGACUACGAACAGGAAGCGGUCGACUAUUUCCGAACCAAGCUGGAACAGUAUGGCAAUGCAGAAGUACCCAUAAAAUCCCUUCUCGGACACAGAUCUCAAGCGUCACCUGAAGUGCGACACAUUUCCGGUCAGCAUGGCAAAGAAUUCCGGGAUUUUCUUGCGAAACACCCGGACAUUUUUGUGCUCAAAGAUGACCACGUAGUGCUCCGCUCAGUGUUGGAGAACGUCGAGGGAGGCGCGUCGCUUAUUCACCUCGAGGAGGAUACGAGUCUCGUCGAGGAGGAACCUCCAGCGCUUGAUUCGCACCUGCGCGAACAGCUCUGCUCAAUAUUCGAACAACACGUUAAAUCACGUAGCUCCGUCUCUGUCGACAAUCUCUUCCUGCACUUGACGUCACGUUUUUCACGCGACGUCUACUCGAAGAUGAUUAAGUGUUCUGGUGACCUCUGCGCCUUCCUCAAGAUGAACUCACACAUAUUUCAUGUGCAGAGCAACAUAGUCACGAUCUCGGCUGAACGAUUACGUCAGGCAGCGCAAACCCGCAUUCAACCCGAUCCCCCCGCGCCAAAACCGCCGCCACAACCGUCGCCCGCCCAGCCGCAGAGUAUUCAGCAGCGGAUUAAGAAUCAAAUUCUUAAGGUUGUCGCUGAAAACUCGGCAAUGGAAUAUCGGGAGCGCGGUGGAGCAGCUGGAAGCUAUUCCCACACACCCCCUGCCAUUGUACAAAAUCCCCAACAGACACUGGAACAGCAGAAAUGUCUUCAGGAGAUGUUGCGAAAUGUUCGAAUCAUCGCCAAGCCCAAGGAGUGUGCGACACUUGUUCACAAUUUGCUCAACAAGCAGUACGAGUCUGUGGCCGUUGACGCCGAAGGCGUCAAUCUUGGCCCGAAAGGUCCCAUGACUCUGCUGCAAGUGGCCACGCCCGAUCGGCAAGUUUAUCUAUUCGAUUUGCUUUCGAAUCCUGCACUAUUACAAGACGGCAAAUUGCGCGAGUUGCUUGAGUCUGAGCGAGUUCUUAAGGUCAUGCAUGAUUGCCGCAACGACAGCGCUGCCCUCUAUCACCAAUUUGGCAUAACAUUGCGAAACGUGUUUGACACGCAAGCAGCACAUGCCGUGCUUCAACAACAGGACCAUGCCAAGCCCGUGUACAAGGUUAAAAAUAUUUCACUUGCAACCCUUUGUGACAUGUAUGGCGGACCGCUCAACCCGCGCAGAGAUCAAAUGAAAGCUCUGUACAGGCGAGACCAAAAGUUCUGGUCUCGUCGUCCCCUGACGGACGACAUGAUCUUCCAUGCCGCUUUCGAUGUCAUUUGCCUGAGUGCACCGUCGGUGCUCGAUAAUUUGAAGGCAGCAAUUCGCGAAGAAAGUAAAAGUCUAAUGCAAGACCUCUGCCAAGAACAAAUUCAUUCCUAUAUUCAACCGGACGAGGUGAAACUUAAGAAAAAGCAGCGCAAAGUUGACCAUGAGGUAUCCGAUCUCCGGGCACGCCUCAGUGGCAACUCGGUCAAACCUAUCGUCUUGUCCAACCGCGAGAUCCGUCUCUUGCGCUAUAUCGAGCUCACAGACGAGGAGAUUGCGAAAAUUGAAGGCUCGCCAAAAGUCGCUAAGAAACUUGAACGAUUGCGCAGUCACGGCAAAGAAGAUGGAGAUGAGGAAGACGAAGAGUGCGAGGACGGUGAUUACGGCGAAGAAGAAUCAGAAGAGAGUGACACGGCUUCACAACCGCGUUCCGGCGAUUACUGGAGCUACGUAAGCGAUGAGCCCUCGUCGUUAACGGCCACCUCACAAGCGGCCGCCGAACCAGUCAGCAGUAAUUUCAGCCUGAACAGCUUGGCCAACAACAUCAGCAUCAACAACAACAGCAAUCAUCAUAAUAACCUUAACAAUAAUAACAACCUCGACUCAAUCGGAUCAAACGUGAGCAAUCUCAGCAACUCGUCGUCAGGUUGCUGCUGUCAGUGCCAUUUACAUAAUAGUGGAGCAGGUAGCGGAUCUAUCACCGGCCCCAACAGCAUAGUUCGCUCCGCUGGCAGAGAAAGAACUGCAUCUCGAGGUUCGUUCAGUGCAACAAUAACAACAGAAACGGCAACUACAGGAACAUCAAUGACAGCCCCGGACAGCUCGCUGUCCCCGGGUACAGCCCCUGUUGACAACACCAGCACCACCGCAUUCAGUCAACCCAACAAUAUCAAUGAUGCCAAUGGCCUUAGCAAUCACCUAAGUAACAAUAAUGGUAAUGGCACUAGCAAGACAGGCAGUGGCAGCAACGGUUGCAGCCCAAAAUUAGUGAAUGGCAACGUUCCAUUAGAGAAGACGAUUUCAGCAUCGGCGAUCAGCGCCAUGGUAGACGAGGAAACACAGACAUUAUCUACGGGUGAUGUUGUAAUCACAAGGGUGUACUUCGAGGAGGGAGAGCGACCGGGCACACCGCCGGAGCCCGAACGAAAACCCAACGCUCCAAAUGCCAACAGCACAAAGGCCAACCCAAUUCAGCUUGCCGCAUGAACGCAAACAUUGGACGAACACAUUUUAUAGAUGUACCCACACAAAACAAAGAAAAGGAAGAGGAACGCUGGCAAUAGCCAUCGUGCGGAGUAAAUCCUGAGCGUCUGGCGUUAGCGCACGGCGGACGUACAAAGGAGACAUGCACAUCACACAUGCAAGUGUGAUGCUAACCUGAGCUAUCUAAAGUUCUGGAAGAUUCUGCCACCCACCCCCCUCACCCCCCACCCCCGGGGGGCAAGAAGUCCACAGACAUUUGCUGACUCUCUGGAUCAGAACUUACUCCAGAUUAACAGUAACUCUCUCAUGAUCUGAAGUAUCGACAGUAACAAGGCUGAGGUCUGACUAGAUACGAAGGAAAGACGCAAAUCUACUUAUAUCCCAACAAGUGUGGUGUAGAAAUGGAGUUUGCCCGCCAACGGAGUAUAAAAACCUUGUAGUUUAGAACAAAAGGAUACGACGAUUCACUUGCUAGAGCACACUCCAAUUCCUGACCCCUACCCGCAACAAGCAAACAAGCCAGGAUCCCGUUUGUUACAUACGGAUUACAUCAAUCCGUUUUGCAUUUAUUUUCCCAAUUUAUGUUGUUGUAACGUUUGGAGCAACUAUAAAACGGGACAAAGAAAUAUAACCUAUGAUAGUUCAUGCUGCACUUGGUAUCUCGAGAGCCAGGAAGCGAUAAGGUUGAUGAGAUUAUUCCAUAUGGUAAGGACAAUAAGGUAAUCACUUGAUAAUAACUUUGCAUCCAAAUUUUCGUUCUGACCAUACCGUUUUGCACAAAGGGCGGUUCAAGAUAUAUUUAUCAUUUAGAAAAAAGGCACGAAAAAAGAACCUCGUAUGUCUGUUACGCGUUACGUGCAGGCAAACGAAGCUAAAUCCUUACCAGACACCAUAACGAAUUUCACAAUACAUACAUAAUAUCGAGUAAUGUCAAUAGCUUAACAAUACGUGAACAUUAUUAGGAACACGUAAACACACAAAUACAAACAUACGUAAUAAGCACGCGCCUUGAUCGCAAAAAUUACACAUAUUUUUCGUAUAUCUACAUAUACAUAUUUAUACAAACAAUAUAGACAUAUUUGGACAAUUACGGCUCAUUUCUGUAUUAUAUAGGAAAGCUAUCCUUAAUACUGUACAUGACGACAGAGAACAUUACCGUUAUUUCUUUAUUUUAUUUGACAUCUUCGUUUCGUAUAACGAUUGUCACAGACAAACAAAUAAACAAGACAGAUAUAUAAUGGGAAGUGAAAAAUUUGAUACGAAGUCGCUAUUGCUGUCGAUUGCAUUAACCUAAUCGAGCGUUUGAAGACUGUGUCACUAUGAUGCGUAAGCCUAUCAUAAGCAUAAUAACAAUGACAAGAGUAGGUGUUAAGAAGAAAACGGCGAGGAUGGCUCUUUAUCCGAGAGAGAAAUGCCAGUGCUGAUUACUGAUGAUGAAUCUGGCAUCAACAGAGACUUACAAAUAAUAAGUUGAACUACAACAGAAUGGUAAAUAGAUAUCGACGAAAACCAUGAAAAGCGCAGUCAACGAAAAGCGGAAAAUUAGUUGAAGACAAAGCCGCUUUAUCACGAGUUUCCGCUCUAAUCAAUGUUGGGUACAACUUCAAAAAGUGGCGAAUCAAAACCCGAAUCUCCCGAGAUCACCGAAUAAGCAAAUGCUUGCUUUUCUGAUGUUCUGUCGACAGAUAUAGGUACAUGGGGUUUGCAGGAUUUGACAAGCAAAAACCCGAACAGAUAAUUACUACAACUGUAUUCGGAAGUGGUGGAACCGAUUCACGAUGUUGUGGUCACUAUAAUUCUGCAGUGUCUUCCUUACCUGUUCUAAAGCCAGAUGGAUAUUCCUGCUAAUAUUUUUUGUUGUAUUGGCAGUAGAUUACUUAGAAGAAAGAAAUAGCCAGGUACGGGGUUUGCAAGGACUGUUUCUAAAAAAAACUUUAUUUUUCACUGGAAAUGUCGAUUGUUAGUGUACUUUACCUAUGCUACAUCAUAUGUCACCAUAUAUAAUCUUAGUGUUAAAAACAUCUUUUUUUUUGCUGGCGUAUGAAUGGCUGGCAGAUUUCUGACUGAUUUCCUAUAUUGAAACCGCCCACCACUAUGAACAUGUUUCAUUACUCCUGAGAUCCCGAUUUCGACAACCUGCAUUCAACCGAUAUCUGUUUCACAUGGAAUUGCGUUGUCACUCUUUUUUACACUGUCAUUGUUUUACUCGUUGGCAGAAUUAACAGGUGAUGAAUAAGUUAGUAUCAAGAAUACGACAGAUGAUUGUAAGAGAUAGCAGAGAACCUAUUGGAAGACCAUGAUAAGGCAACGAUUUUUUUGGGGCUCAUGCCUGUGCUGAACGGCCGAAUCUAUUGUUGGGUCGUUCGAACACGAGCAAAUAAUUGAAUAUGCCGCUAGAUACUUAAUUAAGCCGCCAGUCUGAUGACCAGGGCUCUUUUAAUAUUCCAUCACCCGUACUGUCAAUAGCUUUAUUUUGAUAGCGACAAUGUGUGGCUACUGUUAAUCACAUUAAUGAAAGCAUUAUUACCUCCCCGGUAAUAGAGCAUAUCAUUAGAGAAUCAAUGAGAGAGCAUCAAUGAAAGGCUUAGACUUUCAGCUUGUGACUGCGUAUGAGUAGGUCCCGAGACUGGCAAAAACCUAAAGACGAACCCAAGCUUAGUCGCGGUUAACCCUAUAUUCUAUUCUCGUUAUAGACACUGGCUACGAGAACGCCUAUCAUAUAAGCUUGCUGUAUAAUUGCAGCAUAGAAGAUUUACUAAAGCACCUGUUUUGAGUAUCUGCCCUGGUCGCAUGACGACCACCUCAGAUCGACGCAGGUGUGUAUAUCAACAGUCCCGUCUCAUCGAAUUCAGAUCAUUACAGAUGACAGUGUUACUUUUAAACAUUGAUUGAUUGAAAGAACACCAUCAAUUAUUGCUUUGCUUGACCACCUUGUAGAACACUUAACAGGCUGACUGCUCAUUCCAUGUGCUGAUAUUCUUUAUUGAACCGUACAAGAGUAGCGAUAAUGGCGUCAGUGUCAACUGCAAAAGUAGACACCAUCAUUUGCAUAACUGCAGGCACACUUUCGUAAUGAUAAAAGGGGAAAUGAAAUAACAAGGACAGCAACCAAACGAGUCCGAACUGCGAAUUUGGCCAACAAGAAAAACAACAAUAACACCCGGCUGUGCAAAAUCACUACAUGUUUAUGCGUCGCCGACAGGUGUUAGCAAAAUGAUGCAUCCGAAGAAACACAAAAAAAAACGGAAAAAAGAUUAUUAUUAAUACGUUCUUCAAUAAAUAGUUACUCGUCGAGAGUAGAAUCUGAAUGAGCGGCUUGAAGCCAGCUCGAUUGUGAUAUGAUAACUUCCGCAACGGAGGCCGUAAGAAAGAGUAUAUAUAUAUGUAUCAGUAUAUAUAUAUAUAUACUGAAAGAUAAACAGAAGUUUUGAUAGCAAAAGAAAGAAAGGGCAUGCGAAAGAAAGCGAAGUAAAUAUGAGAGAAUAAAUGCGCGAGUGAGACCUACUAUCUAAGUAUAUAUAUAUAUACAUAUAUAUGAAAUUGAAAAAGGAGUGCGCUGUCAAUACACGUUUAUAUAUGAGGAUAUUAUUAUAUGGAUACUGAUACUGCUGUAUCGAUUUAAUAGAGUGGGUAAACUUUGCCACCCGUCCGUUAAUCACCGACGAACUCCAGCAGUGAUGAGUCCAAAUGACAUAUGGUAGAGAGCAAUAAAGCAAAAAAGUAGACGUUCAGAAAUGAUGAAAGUAUUUGUAUGUUUGGCUCUCGAUGAUCCAUUCACCAUAUUUUAGCUAUUUCGCUUACGUUUUCCUUUUUUUUUUUAUCUUAUAGACAAAAAAUCAAGAGGGAAGUUGUGUAUGUUUUAUUUUAACUACAACGUAUGACCUCGACAAUCGAUCGCGGCCCCUGUUUGAUUUUUUCGCCCGGCCUGUCGUUUCCCACCCGAGCUUUUGUUUUGAGCAGGUAAAUUCAACUGCGUAGGUUUAGGACAUUUUUCCAUUCUAAGUCUUCUUGCUUCCCAAGGAAUGUUCCCUGAGCUCAAGCGUUGCUCGGAAAUGGGUGGACCGGCUUCAUUGUUUUGUCUCACAUGGGUUUUAUGUGUGCGUACAUAAAAUAGACAAUCCCAUGUUCUGGGCGCCCGAAAUACUUCGCCUUCGUUCUGAGUGGCUGACGAAAUCUUCUAAACGUAUCUAUGUCAGCGUAGACAAAAAACGAAAAAUAAGGUAUAACUACAGUCUGUUCCUUAUGACUGCGAUAUCUGCUAUUGUCAUAGUCGUUAAUAGCGCUGAAUAAUUGAUGUUAUUGUAAUGUUGUCGACCGCCGUAAAUGAAAACAGAAUCCGCUCUGUAGCAUCGUUCACGGGAAAGAGCGAGCCAUGGGUGAAACAACAGCUACACAUAACAAUGAUUUCAUAAAACAUCACAGUUGGCAAAUAUAAAACUUACAGUCAGUUUUUGACGGCGGCGCUAUAAAAAAAAUAACAACUAAAUAGUAGGUCAGCCGCAUCAGGACAACAACAAAAACAACAAGAAGAUUAGUAUUAGCAACUAUACAGUGACAGCAGCAGCCGCAGCGGUAAUAAGAACAACGGCAAUAAUACGAUACAAGAAUAAAUGAAGCGAAACAUUGGUAAAAAACGAGCGUAAGCUGCUAUGGAAUAAUAGAGAUUAUAGACGAAAACCACACAAAUGACCGCCAUGGCAUUGCACUCGCCCAUUAGCCCCUCACCAGAUGCACGAAAGCACGACAGCACUGACUAAAAUUUCAAGAGAAAAAUACAAAUUUCCAUAAAGAGAAAGACGAAAAAAUAGAUAAUGAAACACGAUGGGUAAUAUUUUAAGAUGAUGUCAAAAAAGCAAAAACGGGGGGAUCUAUCCGUCAAUUGAAAAUACUGAUUUUCCGCAUUGUUCCGGUUUUAACUCAUCCGACAGCUACUGGACAGUUUUGUAAGCGCGAAGAACAAGCUAACAAGGUAUAGAAACUAACCAUGGAUGCAACACAUUGAGUGGUAUAGCAGUAGCAGUGUCUACAACAAACCUAUGAUGUUUUCAGAGAAAAAUUUUGAAAGCACAAUUUAUAUGUUUCUGUGAAAGCGUGCUGCCAUGUUCCGGCAUUGACACCUCAGCGAGAACACCCGCAUCUGUGGCAUGCAUCUAGAAGAUAAACUCGGCUUUUUAUGAACUGUUCGGUAAUACUAUCGGAAAACAACGGUAAUAAUGGCAAUCGGGUCAAAUGCGUAUUUUUUUUUAUGAGUUCGGUUGGGCUUGCUUAGGUUUAGGAUGUUGGUGGAGCCGUCACGAGCAAAUUGUUUCGUGGCAAUAUCCAUAUCUAUGAAUACAUACAAAUGGGGAUAUAGCAAAUGGGCCACUGAAAAAAAAAUGUACACCCUUGGGUACCAGGGGUGGUUGCGACACGGGGGCGGAAUGGCAGACAACCGAGACAAUCUGAUCUAAUUGAACGUGUCGAUCAUUCUCCAUUCAUACACAGCUGAGACCGCCUACACCGGUCAAUCAAACAUCUACCAACCAACCAACAAACUCAAAUAAAAAAAAAAACAAUAAAA